GGUCCUUUCAUUUCCAGUUCAUGUUCACUCUUCUUCUCAAAUCCUAAGCCAUGAGUUCCUCCGCCGACCCGAAGCUCCCUCAAGACGUCGUCCUCGUCGAGAUCCUGAAGCGACUGCCGGUGGAAUCUCUGCUCCGAUUCAGGUGCGUUUCCCGAUCAUGGCGUUCCACCAUCGAUGACCCACGUUUCGUGGCCCUCCACUUGAACCACUCCGCUCACGAUGCCUCCAAGCGGUAUCUCCUGCGUCUAGAUUUGUGGCAUCCUGUCCACAGGCCGUGCUCUCUGUUUCCCAAUCUGCCUCUUGCUCUGCCUUCCCACUCACAAAUCGAAAUUCCGUUCGUUAAUCCUCUCAACCGUUACAGUCUUGUUGGUUCGUGUAAUGGUUCCAUCUGCGUCAAAGAGUAUCCCAGAAAGUAUUCUGGAAAUGACGGUGGUCGGACGAUGUAUUUGUGGAAUUUAUUCACCAGAAAGCACAAGGCGGUUCCACGACCCGGUCCGCGUCAUCGCUUUCCUUCGACUGCUGAAGCUCUAGGGUUUGGCUUCGACGCUAGGUCGAACGACUAUAAGAUUCUGAGGAUUCUCUAUUUUUUAGAUAACAACGAUCGAUGGCUUGGUGGGACAAUGCCUCAAGUCCGGAUUUAUUCGCUCAGUACAGAUUCCUGGAGAAGUUUGGAGUGUGAGGUUCCUGCUUUCUGCGGCUACAGACUCGCGGUCUUCUUGAAUGGGAAUCUGCACUGGUUUGCUUCCAAGGUCAAUGAUCUGGGGGAGGAUGUUGGAUACGGACCCAUAGUCCUAUUUGAUGUUGCAGGUGAGGUGUUUGAUGAAAUGGCUCCACCGCUGGUAGAGAUUUCUCAAUUAGACACUGUCGAUUUAAUGAUGUCUGUGGCAGUACUAAAUGACUUGCUAGCUGUGUUUGUUAGUCUCUUGGACAUAGCUGGGGAUUGGCAUUCCGUUUGUUCUGUUAGGGUUAUGAGGGAGUACGGCGUGACUGAGUCUUGGAUUAAGCUGUAUUCUUUUGAGGCUUGGGGAGGAAUAUCGCACUUUGACGGUUUCAUGAGGAAUGGCGAGCUUGUAAUGGUAAUAGAUGAUGAAGAACGAGUUUCUUGGAAUCCAAUCAUGGGACAGUACACAAAUCUGCCACUACCGACAUACUGUCAUUUGGUCAAUGUCGUAGAAAGCCUCGUUUCGCCUCAGAGAUGACUCCGAUUGCUGCUACAUUUUUUGAUAGGACAUAUUGAUUCUACUUGCAGAAGAGUUGAAAGGGAUAUUUGGACUUAGAAGCAAUGAUUUUAUUCAUGUCCGCUCCGGCGACAAAUCGACAGGCAGAAGGAGUGAGGUGGUGUGCCCAUCUGUUUUGGUACUUCUUGCAAGCUUUAGAAUGCAUAUUUUGAGUUUUCCUUUAGAGAGUCUUUAGACUAGGCAAAGUGUGCAUUCUCUUUACAAUUUGCACCGUGAGAACUCUGCAUUUUAGUACUGCAAAUCAAAACCCCAAAAACGAAAUUGAAUCUGAUUUUGCUAAGAAACUCCCCGGAAUCGCAUAUUCAUAUGCAUAUGCAUAGUCAUGAGCUCUCUCUUUCCUGAGAAGCAAUGGCGGGCGAAGGGAUUGAGAUGGCCAGAGCUAGCAUCAACAGCGGUCAGAACUCAACAGGGUUUUGGCUCUUAUCCUCCUUAUCUGUGAAAGGUAAGCGUGGUUUUGAGCAGAGAGUGUGAUAGUGAUUUUAACAGGAAGGAGGAGACGAGGAGGAAAUGGACAAACAAAGCAUGCAAUAUGUUGGGAUAAAGCUAAACAAACGCUUACAUACUUGUAAAUAAAAGACAAGUGCAUACAAACGUGCCAUAAAUAGCACAAAUAAGCUGUUUAAAAUGAA